AUGUUGUUGCUUUCAAUCACCAUUCACUUGCUUUUUGCUGCUCUGUCCUACACCUUUCUGAACCAGAACUUAGUCUACAGCCAUCCUCAAUGUUUGGAUUUUAAAGCACCCUUUCAAGCGGGAGCAGGCCUGUCAUUCUGUUCUCAAAACUACUCCGACUAUGGUUGCUGUACGUUACAACGCGAUCAAGAAAUUGCGAAGAAAGCAAAGGCGCUCGAGCAGCGCUUUAAUCUAAACACGAGGAGAAAAUGUGCUAACAUGGUGAAAACGAUUCUCUGCCUCGAAUGCCACAAAUAUGCUGCUCACAUUUUUUCAGCGGAAGGGAACGAGAAUUUUAACCUUGCAACAGCAACCCCAGGAUUAUGCCCCGAUUUCUGUAAAGCGUUUUACAAGGAAUGUGAGGACAUAGCGAUAAAUUUUCCUCGUUUGCUCAAGUGGGAACUUCGAUCACUGUCACCAGCAACAAAUACAUCUAUUCCUUUAACGGAGGAAGGGCUCUGCGAAGGACUAAAGAUACAAGAUCCAGAUUACUGUUACCCAAAUGUUGAAACGGUCGACGAGAAUAUUCUUGCCAAAAAAUUUGACCUUGAUUCCAAUAACGGAUGUUUGUGCGUGGAGGAGAUCGCGCGCGGCUUCCGCAAUCCUCUCGCUGCAGUCCACGCGGGGGAUGGCUCGGGGAGAUUAUUCAUCGCGGAGCAGCCAGGUCUAAUCCGUGUCAUCACAGCUGCGGGAAAACUGCUGCAGCAACCGUUUUUGGAUAUUCGCGAUCGUGUCCUAUCUUCGGGAUCUUUCGGCGACGAGCGCGGUUUUCUGAGUAUAGCCUUCCACCCCGAAUUUAAAAGGAAUCGCCGAUUCUUCGUGUAUUAUUCCACCCGUUAUAAGAGAAUAAAAGGUGGCAGGAAGCCGUCUAAAGUACCUUUCCUGGCUUAUGAUCACAGAACGGUGCUGAGUGAGUUUAGAGCUUCGGUGUACAAUCGCAACAGAGGCUUGCGGCGCUCUGAAGAAGUAAUUCUUGAAGUUGAUCAGCCUGAGCGUAAUCACAAUGGAGGAACUUUAUUUUUUGGGUCUGAUGGAUUCCUAUACCUGACCCUAGGGGAUGGUGGGGGAGCUGGAGAUCCAUUCGGAGAGAUUGGCAACGGCUUAAACAGGUGAGGCUGUUAUUGGCUGAUUUUCGUCCCGUGUAAAUCCGGGAAUUUUUUUGCUUGUAGAAUCCGGAAUCCUAAGCUUUGGAAUCCGGAAUACAGCUCAAAGAAUAUAGAAUCCCACCAACGAUUGGAAUCCGGAAUCCAACUUUCACUGACAGCGAACCCAGUACCUGGAAUCCGAAACCUUUGAUUUCCUUUAAUACAUAAUGCAACUGAUCAGGUUGUGUUGUAAAUAAGUAAAUCUCUGCAAAAGAAGGGCCGUCAGACUGCGGUUGCCAACAUUUACAUAGAUCAAAUUCCGCCCAUGUGUAGUCCGUAGUCUACUUGCAUUGCUGGUUUACUACUGAAGUCACGGCAGCAACGUUGGUUGACAAGGACAAAAGCAUUCGCACUUCCCCAACUAAAAUGGUGAAAGAAGUUUGGCACUACUCUCUCCCUUUAUUCUAACAACUUCAAUUUUCAGCCAUCUACAAAGAAGAGACAAAUGUGAAAAAGAAAAACAUGUUGUUACCUACGCUUCAUUAAGGUUCAAGCAACACUUAAAAAACCCUGCAGACAAGUGGCAAAGAGGCCUAUUGCAUUCAGAAAUGGUUAUUUUAACGUUUGUUGUCAUUUCUUUUCAGGACCACUCUUCUCGGAAGUGUUAUUCGCAUCGACAUCAACGCUCGACGUUAUCUCUACAAAAUCCCCGCGGAUAACCCGUUUAUGGGAAUCCCAGGGGUAAGACCAGAGAUUUAUGCAUAUGGCACCCGGAAUAUGUGGCGAUGUUCAGUAGACCGGGGCGAUAGGAAGACGGGAGAAGGAAAGGGGCGGAUAUUCUGCGGCGAUGUGGGCCAGAACAAAUACGAGGAGAUUGACCUGAUAGAAAAAGGCGGGAAUUACGGAUGGAGAGGAUACGAGGGAUUUAGUUGUUACGACAAGAAGCUGUGUAGUUCGCCAUUGCUUCGUAAGUAUCACACGAAUAUAAAGGGUUUAGUUUUACCGUUUGUGUCACGAUUGUCGCUUUGAUAUUAUAUUGAUCGCGACGUUUUGACCACACACUGCAGGUCUUCAUCAGGCGAUAGUGUUGAUUUACUGAGUCGAACUAUGGAUCGAAACCCACCAACCAUGGGCGAAGUUUGUGAUACACCAGUCACUAACAACCACGGUGGUACGAAUAGUUUGACUCAUCCUUCAUCAUCAAAGAUGAUAGUCCAUUUUGUAUUUUGUAUUUUGUAUUUAUUUAUUCGAAAAAUGUAGGAAGAAAUGGCGAGGAGGCCUAAAGGAGACUAUAGAGCUUAUGUUAAUUAGGCCUCCUCAAUUACAAUUUUUCAAAGAUGGCAUAAAAAUUACGGCGACGGAUACAAAACAAUUUCAGGUGGAAAAUUAAACUAAUCAAUAUUACGGAAGUUUACAAAUGUUGAAUAUUAAAAGGUCCAUAAAAUUGCAUUUGCAGUUUGCGAUAUAAAAAUAAAAAAUAUAUAUUUGCGACAGCCGGGAAUCGAACCCAGAUCAACGGCUUGGGAAGCCGCCAUGAUAACCAUUACACCACUGUCGCUUCUACACGCUAGGUGGGAGACACUGAUGAUGAAGGACCAGGCCCGAAACGUUUGGAGAGGAACUCAAAAAACAACGUCGCACUUUUGUUCAUUAUUUUUUGUUGAACGUUCCUUUACUUACUUAGUCAAUUGCCACGCAGCUUAUCGGAAUUUUUUUUCCGUUAUUUGUUAGACAGGAGACAGCCUGGAGUUGUCAACUGAGUGAUUUGAAGAUGUGCUCAGGAACACUGUGUUACCCGGCGCUGUAACGUUGGAAAUUUUUCAACCCGAUUAGCAGGGAUCCAAACUUCACAAUACUAGGAUCCUAGCUAACCAGGCUGGCUCAGUUAUCUUGUAAUCAAAAAUUUCAUUUUUGAUGCGUUUGAUUAUAAACAUGCUAAGAUUUCGACAAAUUGAGCCAGCCCGCCGACUCAUGUUAUCAACCCCUUAGAGAGAGCUUAACUGUAUAAUUAUUAUAACCUUUUUUUCUUUUCAUUUAGGUGGCGCUAUUCCACCUAUUUUCGCCUACAACCAUUCGAUUGGUAAGUCCAUCGUUGGUGGCUAUGUUUAUCGCGGGUGCCAAAACCCAAACUUGAGUGGAAAAUACAUCUUUGGGGAUACCAUGACCUCGUAAGUUAUUUACCUAAGGUCCUUGAAACUCAAAUUAGAUUGAGUUCAUUUAGGUGUUUACGACUUAGAAUUAGAUCACAGCCUUAUUGUAAUACAGUUUAUAUACUUCAUGAAGAAUAACCCGUAUAUCCUUCCCUUCCUUUUAUGAUCAAACUAUGGACUCUUAUAGUUUAAAGCUAUUCCCUAACACUGUGUAACGUAAAAGCUUCCAGACUUUUUUGUUUUAAAAACGGCGCCUUUUUUUGCAAAAAAUAACGAUUUGGAGGUAGCGAAUCCACACAGUGGUUCGUCGUCUACCUGAUUCUUGGUCGAAUUGAAAUUUAGAAAAGUAUUCGCUGUGCGACACCACGAGGUCGAUUGUUUAACAGAAAUAGACUCUAAUAGCCUGAGAAGGAAGCCGGCAUUUCGCGACGUCACCACUGGUUUCCCGCCAAAUGACGCCUGAGAAACGGUUGCAGAAAUUCCAUACUGAUGAUGCGUCACUACCCAGAUCUGGGUAGUGCUUCUGAUUGGUUGAAGCCAGUAGCAAUGACGCGUCAUCGGUAUGGAAUUCCUGUGCUCGUUUCGAAUUCUAAGGGCGCUUUCCAUUCAACAAAAAUUUCGGAAAUAACACGUGCCCAAUAGGACAGUACAUUCCGGUUAUACAAACCCGACCUAAGCCACUGCGCGUUUGGUUAUUGUUCUGUAAGCAGGAUACAAAAGAGCGGUAUUGGGGACAACAAUUUUGUCCAAUGGAAAGGGAAAUUUCGGUCCGACCGACCGAAACGAUAGGUCCUGAAUAUUCCGGUAGGACCAAACCGAAAUUAAUUGUCCGUUCCAUUCGAUGUACCAACUGAAAUUUCCGGAAUUUUGGGUUAAAUGGAAAGUGCCCUAAGACUCUAACUGCCCCUGAUCAACCGAACUGACGAGUACAAGAUGUGAACACAAUGCAUUGACGUAGUCACGAAUGUCUCUACUCUAACUACUAAGAUUGACAAAUGUUGUUUCAUCCGCAACUUUGGCUGUAAAUUUGUUGAGAUACAUACAACAGAGUUGUUUGUUAUUUUCUCGUGAAAAUGGCGAGAUUUAAUCCCCGAAAUCGAUGAAAACCAAUCCUUACCAAUCACUAAAAGAAAGUACUUGGAAAACAUGUCACAUCGAUACACUAUUUCCAUGGUCACAAGGUAGAAUUCAAUUGCACCAGUAAAUAUAACUCUCCAUGGUAGUGUCCAAGUGUGUUCUUUUUGAUAGGUCACAUAGUGUAUAAUAGCCGAAUUUUAAAUUAAAUCCAAGCCCAGCUCAGAAGCUAACUAAUACCAUGGAACCCCGCUCUACGGACAUCUUUUUAAUUCGGACACUAUGGCACGUCCCCUUGGUGUCCAUAUUAAUCGUGUUCCACUCUACUUAACCCUUUCACUGCCAGAGUGUUUGAGGGGGUUUUGUAAGGUGACUCUAGAUAGACUUUCGAGUCUAUGGAGGAAAUCCUAUGAUGUGACCAUUCAGAUGAAAGCUCUCUGCCUGUAAUUUCACAUGAUGGCAUUUGUUUCUCAAAAUUUUAGAAAAUGAAAUUUGGAACUUUGGUCGAAAUUUGCCUUUGGCCACAUUUGACAUGAAAGGGUUAAUGGCAUUUGAGGGGGAAGCCUAGAGUUGAAACCAAGUUAUGUCUCCUUAGAAAGCUUUGAAUGCAACUACCCUUCUUAUUUGCUAAUCAUGUCUGUUUUGCUUAAGUCGUAUGUUCACAUUAACCGAGAACCAGGGAAGUUGGGAAGAAAAAGAGAUUUGCUUUGGCGACGGGAAAUAUUGUACCGAUAGACUGAGUGGCGAGUUUGAGCGAUACAUUCUGUCUUUUGGCGAAGACGAGCAAGGUAAGCUUUGAUGUCAAAACAAGUCCUUGUAGCGAUAAUGCUUCUUCGGCAGUCUAUUGAACAGGCCUUCGUAUUCUUUCGCGUUUUUAGCGAAGGCAACCGCGACCCUCACGUUCCAGUCAGAGCCUAACAAGGUCACCCAACAAUUUUCUGUAAUUUAACUAAUUUAUUUGGAACGCCGCGAUUAGCGUUUUGGCUAACUGCGUGCCGGAAAAUUGCAAUUGUAAUUAAGUAAAAUUUCGUCAAUGUAAAUGUUUUGUUGUUGUUGUUUGUAUAAAAGACAAAACGACUCACAGUGGACUCAGGCCCUAGAAUUCUCCGAAAGCCCGGUCCGUGCCCUCGAACUUUGUCGACCGGACCUAUCAGGGUAGCUAACAUUUUCGAAUGACACGAACAUAAAAGCCACCAAAAACUUUAGAGACUACUAUACUAAAGUUUCCCUAAGACAUCUGAACAGAUAAAUAGUUUUUAAGGCAGCUUCAAAUUAACCGAACAAGCUUUUAAAGCAUAGAUAAUACCAUUCGAGACUCAUCUGAUGUAUUUGGAAACUUUCGUGCCCCAGGCAGACCCUGUUUCUGUAACUUGAAGCCUCUAGGAUUAUUGCUUUCCCUUCUCUUCCCUCCCCUAGCCUGUGUACAGACGUCCCCUCCUCCCUCAGGGAACGUCUCCUCUCCAGAUUUUUUCCUGAGGGAGGAGGGGACGUCUGUACACAGGCUACCCUCCCCUUGGGAAGAGUGUUAUUAUCCAUCGCAGUCAAAACCCGGACCUCUGGUAUAUCACGCUUAACUUUAAACUUCUGUCUCCUUUCCUUUUCAAACAUGAAAGUUAUGGCAGAGCGAUGCAAUCAAUGAAAAAGUGCAACUAUUACAUCUUGCCGUAGAUACGUAUAACCAGUUGCAAUAAUAAUUUCGUAAUAUUUUGUCAAUUAUUUGAAUUCUCAAACAAGCUCUCUCGACCGAAAGCAAUCAUUUGUUCUUAGAAUAAAAUCAUUAUUUUCUAGGUGAACUUUAUAUCCUCUCUACAAGUAUUCCAAGCAGCAAGAAAGCGAGCGGAAAGGUUUACCGCAUCGUAGAUCCUGGGAGG